AUGAAAAAUUUGCCCAAAACAAAUAACCGGGCACAAAGUUCAAUUAAACCUUUUAUUCCUGCAACACAGAAUGCUAUACAUCAACAGGCAAGUACUACAACAAUUAAAUCUGCAAGAAGAAAAGAAUCAAAAUCUUCAAUUUCUAAAAAGCAGAAAAAAUCAUCAGAAUCUACGCGAGAUGUUGAAUCUAAGAUUCAAUCGUUGAAAUCGUUACUUAGAACUCUUGCUGAUAAAAUAGAGACAUUGAUACAAAAAAAUCAUUCUUAUAUCUUAGUAGAUACAAACUUUCUUCAAAAAGCAAAGAAUUUACAGCAGGUUUUUCAACCUCUUUUCGAUGAAAUUAUGAAUAUUUAUCAUAAAUUUGAUGCUUGCACCUCUCAAGAUGACUAUUGUAGAAUAAGUCUAACUACAUUAAAGCAGAUUUCUCUUCAUGUUCUUCAAAGGUGGAAGGAAUUUCGUGCUUUGAUUAAUUUAAUUAAAAAUGAUGGAUUAAAAUCUCUUACAGACUACGUAAAUAAGCAAUUUAGCAAAAUUGAGCGUGAUGUUAACUCAAUUACUACACGCCCAAGAAAGACUUGCAGUAGAACAGGGGAAUUAUUGAAAUCUGGUCAGAAUAUAAUAGAAUUAAUGUCACAUAAUAAGAAUGCAAUUCAAAGUAUGUUAAUUGAUAGAGAAAUUAUGCGAAACGCACCUGAUUUAGAAGAAACACAAAUUAAUGAUCUGAGAAAUUUUAUUAAAAUCUACAAUGACGUAGCAUUUCAAAUGUUCACUUUUAGUGGAUAUAUGCAAACUGAAUUACAAGCAUUCAGAACUGAUUUCAACACAUAUUGCGGAGAAAUUUUGUGUUCAAUACAUUGUGGAUUUUCUUUUGAAGCAGAUAUGAAAGGGAUUCUUGAAACAUCAGAUUCUUUUCAUGACAUUCUCUCAGACAUUCUUCAAGCUGUGAAACUCCCAGAAAUUGUCAUUAGAGAGGCUCAAGAAGCCAAAAUUUUGGAAGAAAAUAUGAUGAAAUCACAACCAAGUCAUAUUUUUGAUAAAAUCAUUGAAUUUACAAGAGAUGAUUUACUCAAAACAGACAUUUCUAAAGCAGCAAAAUUAGAUCUUUUCAUUGAUAACAUAUCACAGCAAUUAGGAUUAGAUAUUGAGCCAAAUGAAGAUAUUACAGUUCGUCUCCAAAAAUUCGGUGAUUGUUUCGUAGAAAAAUUAAAUUUAAUCGAAACACAGCAGCGUGAAACAGACUCUUAUAUAAAGAAAAUACAUGCUCAGAGUGAAAAAAUCCAAGAGAUGAUUCAAGACAGAGCAGAAACAAUGAAUUUACACAAAGAAGAAAUCGAUGGUUUACAGGAAAAAAUCGCAAAUUUGAAAGAUGAAAUUUCUCAACUAGAAAAGGAUAAAAAACAACAGUUUGAACAACUAACACAUCAAAGACAAAUCAUAUUCCAACUUAGACACAAAAACAAUGAAAUAACUUGCUCGAAUUUCUCGAAUCAAGUCUCUCAACAGAUGUCUAAAAUCAUGAGAGAAGUUGAAGGAAUUGAAAAUUUAAUUCCUAAGGAUGAAGAGGUUCAAGAAAAGAAGAAAAUGGAUAUUUUUGUAUUAGAAAAGCGAACUAACAAAACAAAUGAAUAUGAAUCGAUAAUAAGAGAAAGCAAAAGAAAAAUUAAAACAACAAUUGAUCUUCCAAAGAAUCUGUCUUUCCCUCAGGCAAUUGAUUAUUUCAUUGAAGAAUAUAACAAAUUGAAAAAUAAUUUUAACACUUUAACAGAAGAACACGCGAAUUUAUGUGCAAAUAACAAUGAUCUGCAGGAUAAAUACAAGAAACUUCUUCAAGAUAUAGCAGAAAGCAUUAGAAAAUUUGGAGGAAAUCCUGAUAACAUAGAUGACCCAGAAGCGUUGAUUAGAAAACUUUAUGAAACAAUUGAAAAUAUGAAGAGGAGUUUUGAUGAUAAAAUAAGAGAUGCCAUUCAAAAAACUAAGUUGCAACUGAGAAAUGAAAUGAAAGAAUUACUUGAUAUGAUGCGUGAGAUUGUUCCUGAUAGUCCAAAUGAAAAUCAGGAUAACAUAUUUGUUCGUAAAUUCAAAGUUAUUCUGGCAAAAUAUAGAACUUUGGAGUAUAACUUAAACAAAGCAAAUAAUUUACUCAAAGUUGUUGAGAAAUGGAUGAAUCAGAAAACAGAUUUCCAAACAGAUGGAAUGCCACAAGAUCAAUCUUUAGUAAUGAUGAUGAAAGCCAUUGAUGAAAUGCCUAAUCCUCUCCAACCUGUUGUUGAUAGACUUGAAACAGAGUUGAAGCUUGCAAGAUUCACUUUUAAUUCUGUUUACAAACGUUUAGCAGAAGAAAAGAAACCAGAAAAUGAUACAGCGCCAGAAGAUCUUGACUUAGUUGAUAUUUCAUCUUCAAUACAGUCAAUGAUUGAUGAUGUUUGUGAUAAUGCUCAUGCAAGAGAAUUUAUUAUCAAGCAGCAAAAAGAAGCAAUCAACAGUGGAAGAGAAACAUUGAGAAAUGUUGUUUCCGAUUUGGCUCAAACUCUCAUGCAUAAUGAAAUUAUUCCAGAAAACAUGGAAUAUGAACAAUUAUUAAAUUCUUUAACACUUCUUGUUCAUGAAAUAUGCUCUCCAGAAGGAAACAAUAGCUUUAUUGCUAUUGAGAUUCUCAACAGAAUGACAUAUGAUGCAAGAAGAUUCAUUGAUUCCCAAUUGCCGCCAAAACCAUCAAAAUAUAUUCCUGUAAUGAUGGAACAAUUUGUGAAACAAGCACGAACUGUUUUAACAAUAGAACGGCUGAGAAGACCUUUGAAAGAAUUAUUUGCACAAUUCGAUUUCAAUUACUCAACAUUUGAUCCUCAUACAGCUGAUUUCCUUGCUAUCAGAGAUAAAAUAUUUGCUCUCCACCAAAUUGUUCAGCAAACAUUUUCAGCAGGCUUGAUUGAAUCAAAUGUCUUUGUUGUUCAACGUUUAUUAGCAUUAACAUCAUUAUUCUUGUCAUCUGAUGUUGCUUUAACUUAUAACACAGAGCCAACAAAAUCAAAAGCUAAAUUCAGAGAUGAUCUUGAUCUCAUUCAGAUUAAGCUAUUAGUAUAA